AUUAUAGAAAAUUGUUCCCCAACUUGUAGCUCUCCAGCUGUUGCAGAUCUACAACUCAAAUCAUUCCCUCACAGUUGCCUGAUGGGAAUUGUACUUUUUAAACAGCUUUAGAGCCACAGGUUGGGGAAACUGCUAUAAAUCAACUCAGGGAAAGAAUGUCUGUGCAGCAGAAUGCUGAAAGAUUUAACCAACAGUGUCAGGAAGCUGCUGCCAUGGCAAAUAGGAUUAUGGGGGGCAUUAAACGGGCAAAAAUGCCCAUGACAAAAUCAUAGUUCUACCAUGGUACAAACCGCUAGUCAGACCACACACUUAAUAUUGUGUACAGUUUUUGGCAUCAGUGUACAUAGAAAGACAUAAUGGAGCUGGAGGGGGUUGAAAGAAGUGUGGUGACACAGGGUACAAUAUAUACUUGUCAAAUCAUGAUGCCAGGGCACCGUUAACCUACAUGGUCCGAGGUGUAGACAUUGUAAGGAUUUCUACCUGGAAAUAGCUCUGGGAUUGUCCUUGACACCGCCACAGGACACAUUUCCACUUCAAUCAGCAGGCAAACAACAGUACUUAAUGCAAGUCCGGCCCCUCGACAGCUUUAUUAGACAGGCUGCAGGAUAAAUAAAAACAUAAGACAGGAACAAACAAAACCCUAGACCUUCUAGUCACUAACUAAACAAUCCAGGGUGCCCUGACUAUCAACUGGUGGGUUUUUCCCAGCCAGUUAAACUUAUGCCUGCUGCAACAUUUCACUCACUGUUCACACACAGCAUUUGCAACCUCUUGCUGUGUGUGUUAAGACUCCUUGUCUUGUCCACUUCACUGUUGGGGCCACUCACAGCCCGGGCUGUGUGUUCUUCACCAGGACCCCUGCCUCCCCCCUACAGCCACCUUGCUGUCUUCUGGGGAGAGCACCAACUAUUCUGUCUGACUUCAUUUAAACACACUUCCCCUUUCUGCUACCUCAUUAAUUAGGCCACAGGUGGAGGUUUCUCCAGGGUUAGUUAGGGAAAUACACCCUUCCCGUGCCACAGUGUCACAACAGCUUCUCCUGGGUCAGGCGCUGGGCAAUAAACACACCAAUGCCAGGUUACGGAUAACUGUCUUUUUACUGAGGCAGGAGCAGAUAGUACAAUACUCGCAGUACAGAGGGGAGUAGAAGGGAUGCAGGGUAACCCGUGGGAGCCCUGUGGCCUUGGUGGGACUUAUGGUGCUUUUCACCCACUUGAAUUGACUUACUAUUAGAUAUGAAAGAUUUGAGACUUGGAGAUAUCCCACGCUGACUAGGAUUCUGCUAAGGUCCAAUUUACACCGCCAAGACAUAAUCAGGAACAGAGACAUCCAGGAAUUUGACAGGCACACACCUAGCUGUACCCUUCUGCACCUUUCCAUGUCCUGAAAUCUGCUGCAAGGAAACAUGGAUCAGAUUGUGCAUUCAGAUUCAGAUGUAAGUCUUCAGGUGGAGCAGAUACUGUCUGAAUUUAAGCUUCAUGAAGAAGACUUGCAGGUCCUUAUGAGCAGAAUGCAGGCAGAAAUGGAAAGAGGCCUUCACCUGGAAACGAAUGAGGAGGCCAGUGUAAAAAUGUUACCCACUUACGUGCGCUCCACACCUGAUGGUUCUGAAGUUGGAGAUUUCUUGGCCUUGGAUCUCGGUGGCACCAAUUUCCGAGUAAUGUUGGUUAAAGUUGGGGAGGAUCUGGAUGGACAGUGGAAAGUCGAGACCAAACAUAACAUGUAUUCGAUUCCUGUGGACGCCAUGACAGGGACUGCAGAGAUGCUGUUUGACUACAUUGCUGAAUGUAUUUCGCAUUAUCUAGACCAACAAAACAUGAAACACAGGAAACUGCCCCUUGGAUUUACUUUCUCCUUCCCAGUCCGACAUGAGGAAAUUGACAAGGGAAUCCUCUUGAACUGGACCAAAGGAUUCAAAGCUUCUGGAGCUGAGGGGAACAAUGUUGUUGGACUGCUGAGAGAUGCCAUCAAGAGACGAGGGGAUUUCGAGAUGGAUGUUGUUGCUAUGGUAAAUGACACUGUUGCUACAAUGAUCUCUUGUUACUAUGAAGAUCACAAUUGUGAAGUCGGCAUGAUAGUAGGCACUGGAUGCAAUGCCUGUUACAUGGAAGAGAUGUACAAUGUGGAGCUGGUGGAAGGAGAAGAAGGUCGUAUGUGUGUCAACACAGAAUGGGGUGCAUUCGGGGACACGGGCGAGCUAGAAGACUUCCGUCUGGAGUAUGAUAGAGUAGUGGAUGAGGGCUCCCUAAAUCCUGGUCAGCAACUCUAUGAGAAGAUGAUCGGAGGAAAGUACAUGGGGGAGAUUGUCAGACUGGUCCUGAUAAAGAUGGUGAACGAGAACAUGGUAUUCGGAGGGGAAGCUUCAGAAAAACUAAAGACAAGAGGAAGUUUUGAAACACAAUUUGUGUCACAGAUAGAAGGGGACUCUUCAGAUUUUAAGCAAACCUGCAACAUCUUGCGGACAUUGGGUUUGCAGCCCACAAUGGAGGACUGUCAUGCAGUGCGUAUGGCAUGCGAAAGUGUGUCUACACGAGCGGCUGCCAUGUGUGCAGCCGGCCUUGCUGGAGUCCUCCAACGUAUGCAUAAGAACCGGGGAGAAGACAUCCUUAAGAUCACAGUUGGAGUGGAUGGAUCUGUCUACAAACUACACCCUUAUUUUAAAGAGAGAUUCCACGAAACGGUUCGCAAGCUGGCACCGGCAAGUGAAGUCACUUUCAUUCAAUCAGAGGAAGGCAGUGGGCGAGGUGCAGCCCUGGUCUCAGCCAUAGCACACAAGAUGGCGUGCCUUAUUGGGCAUUAGCAGUCAUCCAACAGCCACCUUGGAAAUACAUGUUUUCCUACCAUUCGAGAUUUAUGGGCUUACAAAAGCCCCGAGACCCUGCAGAGCUCCAUCACAUCCAUGUCCUACAUACCUGAAAAACAUAUAUGGAUCCCUCAGCAUAUGAAGAAGUUGCAGAACAUCUUUCCAAAGCUCCAGCAUCUAUUUUGGAGAACAUUUCAAUUCAUAUAUGAUCUUUUGAGAAAGAUAUCCAAAAAGACACUUGUGCAGUGUUGGGUAUCUUAAGUGCACACCAGAUGGGACAUUUCCAACUCAAUAAGUUUGUUGCUGCUUCUCGGUUAUAUUUGUAUUAAAGUGUCUAUAUGGCUCUAUGAAGCUAGCCAUCCCGCAAAGACAAGCAAAGAGGUUUCAAGACAGUCAUGUCCCGGAGAAGUUACGUCCUCACAUUAUGAAUUUUACGUGAUAAACUUGCACAUGAAUUCUCAGGUAACAUGUUUUGUGUGGACUCCGAGAGACCGAGACAGUUUACUUUGACAACCCAGUCAACCCAAUGCUCGACAUUAAGCCUGAAGAAGGAAAAAUGAUGCCUCGUUCUCACCUUGUUUAGAACUUUAGGUGUAUAGCUAAAGUACAUGGCAAAAGUGAAGAGUUCUGCCAUAUCUAAGUGUUCUUUAAAGUGAUUCCAUUCACCAAGACGAUGUAUAAUGUUCUGAAUUGUAUGUACAUAUGUAUGUGACUUACAGUAGUUGUUAAUGUUAGAAUAGUGCAUUUAAUUUAAGGGAAAUUAGGAAAGAAGGGCUGCAUGUCCCUCCUAUGAUUUUUAAUGAGGAUAACCCCACCCAUGAGGAAUCAAGAGGAAGUUAAAGGGGUACUCUCAACUGGUGCCAGAAAGUUAAAGGGGUACUCCGCUGCUCAGCGUUUG